AUGUCAGUGAACACCCCUUCCAACUCAGUGCCCAGUAGUACCAGUCGUUUUCAAGUCCAUGUCAUAAACGAGGGCCAUGGCAGUGGUGCAGCCAUGAGUGACAGCACAGACCCCCCACAUUAUGAAGAGACCUCUUUUGGAGAUGAAGCCCAAAACAGACUGCGAAUCAGCUUUAGGCCUGGCAACCAGGAGUGCUAUGACAGCUUCCUCCAAAAUGGAGAUGCUGCGAAAACAGACACCACAUUUCAUGUCUACGAUUCUCACACAAACACGUACUAUCUGCAAACCUUUGGCCACAACACCAUGGAUGCUGUCCCCAAGAUUGAGUACUACCGCAACACAGGCAGUGUGAGCGGGCCCAAGGUCAACCGGCCCAGCCUGCUGGAGAUCCACGAGCAGCUGGCCAAGAAUGUGGCCGUGGCCCCUGGUUCAGCUGACAGGGUUGCUAAUGGUGAUGGGAUGCCCGGAGGAGAUGAACAAGCAGAAAAUAAGGAAGAAGAUACCUCCGGGGUCGUGAAGUUUGGAUGGGUGAAAGGCGUGCUGGUAAGAUGCAUGUUGAACAUCUGGGGAGUCAUGCUCUUCAUUCGCCUCUCUUGGAUUGUUGGAGAAGCCGGAAUUGGUCUGGGAGUCAUCAUCAUUGGCCUGAGCGUAGUAGUGACGACACUCACAGGUAUUUCUAUGUCUGCCAUUUGCACAAAUGGAGUGGUUCGAGGAGGUGGAGCCUACUACCUGAUUUCCCGGAGCUUAGGGCCUGAGUUCGGUGGGUCCAUAGGCUUGAUCUUUGCUUUCGCCAACGCAGUGGCUGUCGCCAUGUAUGUGGUGGGGUUUGCAGAGACUGUGGUAGAUCUCCUUAAGGAGAGUGAUUCAAUGAUGGUGGAUCCAACCAAUGACAUCCGUAUAAUUGGUUCCAUCACCGUGGUGAUUCUUCUAGGCAUCUCAGUAGCAGGGAUGGAGUGGGAAGCAAAGGCUCAAGUGAUUCUCCUGGUCAUUCUUCUCAUUGCCAUUGCAAACUUCUUCAUUGGAACGGUCAUUCCAUCCAACAAUGAGAAGAGAUCCAGAGGCUUCUUCAACUACCAAGCAUCCAUAUUUGCAGAAAACUUUGGGCCAAGCUUUACGAAGGGUGAAGGCUUCUUCUCCGUCUUUGCCAUCUUUUUCCCAGCUGCCACCGGGAUCCUUGCUGGUGCCAACAUCUCUGGAGACCUGGAGGAUCCCCAGGAUGCCAUCCCCAGAGGGACCAUGCUGGCCAUUUUCAUCACCACAGUUGCCUACAUAGGUGUCGCUAUUUGUGUAGCUGCAUGUGUGGUCAGAGAUGCCACUGGAAGCAUAAAUGACACCAUCAUUUCUGGGAUGAGCUGCAACGGGUCUGCAGCCUGUGGGCUGGGCUAUGACUUCUCAAGAUGUCAACAUGAACCAUGUCAGUAUGGGCUGAUGAACAAUUUUCAGGUCAUGAGCAUGGUGUCAGGGUUCGGCCCCCUCAUCACCGCGGGGAUCUUUUCGGCAACGCUCUCUUCAGCCCUGGCCUCCCUAGUCAGUGCGCCCAAAGUAUUCCAGGCUCUGUGCAAGGACAACAUCUUCAAAGGACUGCAGUUCUUCGCAAAGGGCUAUGGGAAAAACAACGAGCCCCUGAGAGGAUACUUUCUCACUUUUGUGAUAGCCAUGGCAUUCAUUCUCAUCGCGGAGCUGAAUGUCAUCGCACCCAUCAUCUCCAACUUCUUCCUGGCCUCAUAUGCACUUAUUAAUUUCUCCUGUUUCCAUGCCUCAUACGCCAAAUCUCCAGGAUGGAGGCCAGCGUAUGGGAUUUAUAACAUGUGGGUAUCUCUUUUUGGAGCUAUUUUGUGCUGUGCAGUCAUGUUUGUCAUCAACUGGUGGGCAGCUGUCAUCACCUAUGUCAUCGAGUUAUCCCUCUACAUCUAUGUGACUUAUAAGAAGCCAGAUGUGAACUGGGGCUCCUCCACUCAGGCUCUUUCCUAUGUGAGCGCUUUAGACAAUGCUCUGGAAUUAACUACGGUGGAAGACCAUGUGAAAAAUUUCAGACCCCAGUGCAUUGUCUUAACAGGAGGACCCAUGGCAAGACCUGCUCUCUUGGAUAUAACCCAUGCCUUCACGAAGAACAGUGGCCUGUGCAUCUGUUGUGAAGUCUUCGUGGGGCCUCGAAAGCUGUGUGUUAAGGAGAUGAACAGCGGCAUGGCUAAAAAGCAGGCCUGGCUUAUAAAGAACAAGAUCAAGGCGUUUUAUGCUGCAGUAGCAGCAGACUGCUUCAGAGAUGGCGUCCGGAGUCUCCUUCAGGCCUCAGGCUUGGGGAGAAUGAAGCCAAACACUCUAGUGAUUGGAUAUAAAAGAAACUGGAGGAAAGCUCCCUUGUCAGAGAUUGAGAACUACGUGGGGAUCAUACAUGAUGCCUUUGACUUUGAGAUUGGUGUGGUUAUCGUCAGAAUCAGCCAAGGGUUUGACAUCUCUCCAGUUCUCCAGGUACAAGAUGAGCUGGAGAAACUGGAACAAGAGAGAUUGGCUCUGGAGGCCACAAUUAAAGACAACGAGUGUGAGGAGGGAAAGGGAGGCAUCCGAGGCUUGUUUAAGAAAGCUGGCAAGCUCAACAUUUCCAAGGCAGCCCCUAAGAAAGAGGCAAACAUCAACACCAUCCAGUCGAUGCAUGUCGGGGAGUUCAACCAGAAACUGGUCGAAGCCAGUGCUCAGUUUAAAAAGAAACAAGGAAAAGGCACGAUUGAUGUUUGGUGGUUAUUUGAUGAUGGAGGGUUAACACUUCUUAUCCCAUAUAUCUUGACUCUCAGAAAAAAAUGGAAAGACUGUAAGUUAAGAAUCUAUGUUGGAGGAAAAAUCAACCGUAUUGAAGAGGAAAAAAUUUCAAUGGCUUCUCUUCUCAGCAAAUUUAGGAUAAAAUUUGCAGACAUCCAUAUAAUUGGAGACAUCAACAUUAAGCCAAACAAAGAGAGCUGGAAGGUCUUUGAAGAGAUGAUUGAACCUUAUCGUCUCCAUGAAAGCCACAAAGAUUUGACCACUGCUGAGAAAUUAAAAAGAGAAAGUCCAUGGAAAAUUACAGAUGCAGAACUGGAAGCCGUCAAGGAAAAGAGUUACCGCCAAGUUCGACUGAAUGAGCUCUUACAGGAACAUUCGAGAGCUGCCAAUCUCAUCGUGCUGAGCCUUCCAGUGGCAAGAAAAGGAUCUAUAUCGGAUAUGCUGUACAUGGCGUGGUUAGAAAUUCUGACCAGGAACCUCCCUCCUGUGUUACUGGUUAGAGGAAAUCACAAAAAUGUCCUGACAUUUUACUCUUAA